GAGAUGCUCAAUGUUCCUCAAUUACCAUUGGUGAAUAUUGAAUCCGAAAUAUUUCAAAAUGAUGUUGGUAGUAAUUCUAAGGUUGUAGAAUAUGACCAAAGUAGUAGAAAUAAAUUCCAUGAGCCAGAGCGUCUAGUGCCCCCAUCCGAGCAUGAACCGACGUCGACACUUUAUGUCAAAAAUUUCGUCCGUCCUUUAACAUUACAAAUGGUUCGAGAAUUAUUACAGCAAUUCGGGGAGAUUGAAUAUUUCUGGAUGGAUAAAAUUAAAUCUCAUUGUUAUUACAAGACGUUAGCAUCAGCCAUUAAUGCUCGACAAUCGCUUUGGCAUAUUAUUUUUCCAGCUGAGACGGGUCGACCUCUUGAACUAGAAUAUGUAACUAUAGAAAGAGCAAAGGAGUUAAUCGCGACUGAGGAAGCAAAAACAAUUCCGCCUGUAGGUCGUGAUA